AUGGCAGAAGAGGAAGACAAUGAAUGCCAAGAGUUGUGUCAAAAGCUACAGAUCGUAUCAAUUGAUAUGAAGUUCACUGAAGAGGAAUAUUAUCCGAAAGACUCGUUCGACAGAUAUGGGGACGACUUAUGCGAAGAGAUAUUGUCUUAUCUGUCACUCGAAGACUGUUUCCGAUUUGAAUGUCUGUCCAAACAGUGGCAGCGAUUGGUAUUCAAAUCACAAGUUUGUCUUAAUGUGGAUGAAGUGGUGCGCAAAUUGAUCAUAAGAAUUGACAUCAAGUCUCGCAGUGAAUGGUUUGCAAAGAUUAAUUGGGAAGCAUUGGAAUCGAUGGGCAAGAAGUUACCAAACAUUACAUCCAUUGAUAUUAACAUUAAUCUGUUGUCAUCGAUUGUCACCGAAAACAAUGAGAUAUUACUCAAGAAUUUGACUCAUUUUCGAUACCCAUACGAGACAUCCGAUGGCAACCUAUUGCCAGCGUUUGUCGAUCACUACAAGAAUAGCUUAAAAUCGUUUUCAAUUGUUUUCAAUUGGGAUCUCAUGUCUGCCGAAGAAUAUAUUCAUGUGUUGUCACUGACAUCACAGAUGAAAGGGAUGCGAGAAUUAUCGGUUCCACUGAAUGGCACCAAUGUUUGGGAGCAUAACAUUAAUUCCCAUACAAUUCACUCUAUCGUUCACUAUCACUGCGAAGAGUUUGUCAAUCAAUGGCCACAUCUUAAGAGAUAUCGACUGCAUUUGUUAUGUAAAACUGAUCCACAAGUGAGACGAGUGUAUGAGUCGGCGAAUCGGAUGAUAGGAUUACGACGUCUUGAGUUCAUGUUUGAGACACCAUUGGAUCUAAUCGGACACAAAGUAUUGGUGACACCGAAGUCAUUGUCUCCGUUGAAACGAUUGACACAUUUGUCGAUAUGUUUGAGGAAUGGUGUAUUGGAUGAGACAUUGCUGGACUCAAUAGACACACAUUAUGUGUUAUCCCGGACACAUACAGAAUUGAAUAAAGAUUAA